AAUCGCGGGAGGCGCUAAGACCGGAGCGUGAGUGUUCCCUCCGCCCCCGCGCAGUAAUGGCGGCGGGGGCUGCGGAGGCGAGGAAGCAGGUCCGCUUCGCGCAGAGAGAAGGCGGCGAGGAAGGGGAGGGGGCGGCGGCGGAGGAGCCCCUCCAGCCGGAAGUGAGGGUGGCCGGGGGCAGCGCCGCGCGGAGGAGCCGGGCAGAAGCGGAAGCGGCGGCGGCAGGGGCCCCGCGGAGGGCGCUGAAGUGGUGCAUCUCUGGGGUGCUCUGUGCCGCCUUCCUGGGCCUGGGCAUGGCCAUUGCUAUUCUGGGGCCCACUUUUCCAGACUUGGCGGCAAACGUGAACAAAAAUGUCAGUCAGAUCUCUUUCAUCUUUGUGGGCCGUUCCUCGGGGUAUUUUGGUGGCUCUUUAAUUGGCGGCUUACUUGUUGACUGCAUGAAUGCCCAGAUUCUUUUGGGCUUUUCUAUGCUGGCUACAGCCAUGGGCCUGUAUGCCAUCCCAUGGUGUAAGACAGCAAUUUUGCUCACAGCCAUGAUGUCUGUCAUUGGUUUUUCAAUGGGAGUCCUGGAUACAGGUGGCAAUGUUGUGGCUUUGGACACAUGGGGGGCAGAGGCUGGUCCACACAUGCAAGCCUUACAUUUCAGUUUUGCCCUGGGUGCUUUUGUAACCCCCAUCUUGGCCAAGAUGGCGCUGGGCGGCUCUGCUGUGGACCCGCAGGACCAUCUGGUUGGCACAGGUGACCAUCAACCCACUGUUGACUCUCCCGUGUCAUCGGAGAAGCUACAUUUCACCAUGAACGUGAUGUCGUCUUACACUAUGAUAGGCAUUUACGUCUUGCUUGUGGCAUUGUUUUUCUGUCUUUUAUAUUGGAAGAGCAGUUCUGCUCGCGACAGGAGGAAGUUUUCUGCACAGAAAUACAAGAUUGCCAAAUACCACUAUGCCCUCAUAAUUCUGCUCUCUGUAUUCUUUUUCUGGUAUGUUGGAGCAGAGGUCACCUACGGGUCUUACAUUUUCACUUAUGCAAGGACACAUGUGGGCAUGAAGGAGAGUGAAGCGGCAGGGUUGAACUCGGUCUUUUGGGGGUCCUUUGCGGCCUGCAGGGGACUGGCAAUCUGCCUGGCUGCCUGCUCUCAUCCUGGGUCGAUCAUCCUCCUGAGUAUCAUUUGCUCCACUGUGUCCUCCUUGUUCCUGGCCCUAUUCAACACACACCCGGUUUCUCUGUGGCUUGGAUCCGCAGUCUAUGGAGCGUCAAUGGCUGCCAUCUUCCCCAGUGGCAUAUCCUGGGUUGAGCAGUACACUACCAUCCAAGGGAAGUCUGCUGCGUUGUUUGUCAUGGGUGCUGCCAUGGGGGAAAUGUGUAUUCCUGCUGCAGUUGGCUUCCUGCAAGGACACUACCCUGCGGUUCCAGUGCUUAUGUAUACUGCUUUGGUGUCUGCAGCCAUGACGGCCAUGCUGUUCCCUGUGCUGUAUAAAUUAGCUACAUCCCCAAGUGAUCCUAAGCGGAAAGGUGCUGGAGAUGGGAACCUCCAGGAAGCGUUGCUGUCCAACUCUCACCUUGAGGAAGAGGACGAGGAUGACAAGGAGGGCAAGGAAUGGAAUGAGGCAGACUUUGAAGUAAUUGAGAUGAAUGAUACCCGGCAGAAUUCAGUCAUUGAAACAUCUACGAACAUCCAAGGGGAGUCUGCUCUUGCCACAUCCGCCCAUACUCUUUCAGGAAAGAUAUGUAAUUCUUCUCCUUUGCUUUCUAUUGGAUCCCCAAGACGAAAGACUUCAAGUAAAAAUGACUAGAGCUCUCUUCUAGAGCAGGGGGUGUAGUUCCCACUCUAUGCGUAUGUGAUAAUGCAGUAGAGGUGGGAAGCUUGGUAAAGCCCAGUUGAGGUUGCUUUGUUUAAAAGAAUGAGUAAUGUACGAUAGAGAGAUGGUGUGGCAGAGCUCACUUGUCUAAACAUGACGGUGGUAGAAAAAUACGACAAGGUAGAAUAUUUCCUAACAGUCAUACUAUCAUUGUUUGGCAGGCAUUGGGAAGCUCUUAUGUCAGGAAGUCCUUCCAAAUGUUCAGGUGGAAUCCCUAUUCCUGCAACGUCUAUUUCUCUUGAGUCCCAGCAGCACAUUAAUAUACCUAUCUGGACAACAUUUGUGUUUGGAUGCUGUUGCAUCUUUUAAAAACCACACUUCAAAGUGUCAUUUGUAUAUUAUUUGAAAAACAAGAGCAUUACUGUUUGUGAACAUGUUUAAAUUUUCCUGUAUUUUCUGCAUGCUUUUUAUAGUCAACAUCUGUUUCCAAGUGUGAUUCACAACAGUUUCAUUCUUGAUCAAGAUAGUGCUGAAUAGUCAGCAAUUACAUUCACUGGGGUUAAAGACACAUGAUACCAAAUUGUUAUUUUUUUUAACAAAAAAUUCAAGUACAGGAUUGGAAUUUAAAAGAGAAUGCAUGGACUAUCUCUGCACAGAUACAUUUUGCUGUUAAUGCAGUGGAAUUCAUUAAGUGGCCUUAGAUUUUAAUGGCAAUAUAAUGGGUGUUUUUUGUUUAUUUCUUGUGAAACAUUAGAGACUAAAACAUUGAAAUGAAAGACUAUCAUUACCUGUGCCUGGAGACUAGUAAAUGUAAAGUGAAAUUGAGACUACCUCACAGUUGUGUUCUGUGAUAAAGCAUGCCGCUUUGAAAGUUGACGAAACAAGAAUGUAAUUUUUAAGAUAAAGAAUUACACCAUAGUAAUUUAGGAUUGGAUUUGUAUGCUAGUAUUCAUAUUUUUAAAUCUGCCAAAUGUACAUUUGGUUCCAAAUGUCCACAUCAGCUGAACAUCAAUGCAUUUAAAUGGUUUUUUCAAUUUUAAUACUUCUUGCAGGGAUGUAUCUAGUGUUUGGUUCUUGCCAAGAACAGGCUCCAAAGAGAGAGCAUGAAUUUGCUUACAAAGACAAGUUACCUCCAUUUAACAGUCUCUCAUACUGUAUUUCAAACUACAUAUUUUUUUUAAAAAAGGUGCCAGUGGGUUUUUUUUAAAGCUUUUGAGAUAUGUUUAGUCUAUGACCAUUAUAAAUUAUCUGUAUAAAUGCAGAGGAGACUUUCCACACAACAGGGGGAGCUGUUUUUGCAGAAUUCUAAAUCCAGCAUUCUUUUGGCCAGCAUUUUUGCUUUUUGGUUCUGGCCAAAAUCUAUUGUUAGUAGAGUUCUCAGCAGUCAAAAGCAUGGUAAAGAUGUCAGGAAUUCUGUACUGGAGAAUGUUGGUGUUAUAUAAAAGUAACUUAGGGGAUUUUAGAAGUAAUUUUAAAGGAAGAAAACCUGCUGUAGUUAUAAAUGUCAUAUUUUCUUGAAGACUCUUAUCCCUCCUGGUGGUGUAUGGGUAUUUCUGGUAUUUGUUUGUCUGUAUUUACAGCAUUAUGAAACAGGUCGUCCCUGGAUCUUGUCUUGCACUUUUUGGCACUUUGUUUUAACUCUUAAAUGUUUGCCUUAAAUGUUAAUUCUGUGAUUUGGGUAUCAUUAAUUUACUGUGUCUUUCUUUAGCACUCCAUCGGUGGGGUAUUCUAUAAUGCCGUGGUUCUCAACCUGUGGGUGGUUUGGCCUACAACUCCCAAAAAUCCCAGCCAGUUUACCAGCUGUUAGGAUGAUUUCUGGGAGUUGAAGGCUAAAAACAUCUGGGGGCCUCAGGUUGAGAACCACUGCUAUAAUGUGUCUAGGGAGAUGAAUGAGUGUUUACAGGGGUGGGGGGAAAUGUGAUUUUUUUUCCUGAAUAAAUUAUUUAUUUACUAAA